GCUUGUAAAUACACACUAAAACAGCUAGCUACCACAAAGAAAGAGGCUUUUUCCUUGCUAACGCUAUUUCUCACCACAAACUCAUGUAGAUCUGGACUGCAUACAGAUAACAUGGUGCACCCGCUUUGUAUAUGUCAGAUCUGUAAUUGCGGGCGACAUCGCUGUGCUCACAAACCAGUUAAUCGGCCCACGUCACAAAAGUGCCUCUUUACAGAAUACCAAGAUCGGUACAAAAAACAUGGAAAUGUAGGAAGAACCGAACCGAUCAAGCCGGAAUUCACCGUUAAGGCAUCGACAGAUCCAUUCGACGGUAAUACAAAUUAUAAGUAUGAUUAUGUGCCCCAUAAGUUAGAACCACAUAAGAAACGCGAGAAGGAAAGGUACGUUAGACCCGAUGGUAAAGUCGAAGACGAAAGUACUUACAAACAUGAUUACCCUGGUCGUGUGGCAGCCCCAGCCGAGUCUGCUAAGCCACCAGUUCACUAUCAGGCAAGUAACAGACCUUUUGGAGGGUCUACUGUACACCAAGAUACGUUCAGGCCAUGGGAUUUGGACCUUUGCAAAGUCAAAAGUAUGAAACCGCUUGCGUCGUCUAUGAACAACGACGGAAAAAUGGACGGAAGAACUAUCCACCAAACUGACUUCCCUGGGCACUAUGUAGCUAGAAGAUCACCUAUCAGGCCAUUUAAUUCAGAUUUUAGGCCACCUCAAGGAGCAAUGGAGAAAGAUACCACAACGAGGUUGGACUAUACUCCUAAAAGGGCCGCUCCAGCACAGUCCCAAAAGCCACUUGAACGUCGGCCGUCGACUGGCCCACCAUUUGCUGGUAUAACUACCUUCCAGCACGAUUUCCAGUUUAAGAAAGGUUUGCCUUCUUCUAGUUUCAAGCCCAGGCAGGAAGCAGUUCAAUCAAAUGCUCCAUUUGAGGACGAAACAACUACUGGUUUCUCGUACAGAAAGUGGAACCUUCCGAAAAGGCAAUUAAGAGAAAAGGAAAUCUAUCGACCACCCUCUGGAGAUUUUAAGGAUGACACUACUUUCAGGCAUGACUACCCUCAGUGGAAUGUCCCCCCAGCAGCAAGUGCAAAGCCUCCCCUGCAGUCAUUUGUAUCUAACCAGCCCUUCCAGGACAGGACAACACAUGGAGAUACAUACAGAGCCUGGGAUUAUCAGCCAAUACACAAGGGUAAUGGACCAGACCCUUACAGACCACCUUCUGGAAAAUUUGAAGGAGAGUCCACAAUGCAGAGUCAUUAUAGGGGACAACGAGGGGAUCGGGCAAAGCCCAUAAGACAUGAAAUGCAUAGGCCCAUGUCUGCCUCCCCGAUGGACCUUAAUACAACUUAUGGUGAUACAUUCAGAGGUCUGCGUCCCAACGUGUGUCCAGCAUCAAAGAUCAAUCAGUUUGUAAAAAAUCCUCAAAAUGGAUUCUAUUACUCUCAUGAUACCAAGGGCCAUACCUUUUUCAAACCUAUUUCUGAAACUGURCAGCCAUUGUCUUUGUCUGCUUAAGAUCAGGCUGGGAUCAGAAUCUGUACAGCAUGGUGGGCAGUCCUUUUUCACUCUCAUUUUUAUUUCUUUCCUUUACAUUUUUCCUUCUAUUCUCACAGUGCAGUUGAACUUUCCAGAAAAUUCUGUUUAUUUAAAAAAGCCUUAAACAAAUGUCAGUAACUAAGGAAAACAGCACGAGACAGGUGCUGAAAAGAGCUGUUGUCGUUCUAUUCAUUGUAUUCAGAUUCAUGAACUCAUGUCAACAAUGUCCAUGAACAAUUCCCUUUGUAUUGACUUCUCAGGAAACAAUAACCCAAAUCUAUAGGACAAAGACUGCUCACCAUGCAGCAAAAUUCAUUUUAAUUAAAAAUAUUACUUUAUUGUACAUAA